GAGUUUGUAAAUACUAAAUGUAAAUUAUUUACUUUUAUUUUUUAGAAACAUAAUAAUCGAAAGCAUAAUUUAAAUUUGGGAGAAUAUGUCGUACGACAUAGCCCGUGAACAGUCAUACCCGACACCUGUGGCCAAUUCGACACUACUUCCCCUUAUGUUGAUGUCUCUAGCAUCACAACAGAAUGCUCCGACUCGAACUCAGACACCAUCGACUAUUGAUUCAGAAUAUGAUUAUAUCGUAGUGGGAUCUGGUUCAGCUGGUUCGACUCUAGCGAGCAGAUUAUCAGAAGUAUCCUGCGUGACGGUUUUACUUCUGGAAGCUGGAAGAGGAGCUCCACUUUUGAAUGAUGUUCCGGUUUUUGGCAACUUGUUUUGGAAUUCAGAUCUCGAUUGGAAGUAUAAAACUACUCCCCAAAAACACACUGCCCGACUCCAGAAAAAAAGAAAAGUCGAUUGGCCUAGUGGAAAAGGCUUUGGAGGAACAAGUUUGUUACAUAAUAAUCUAUAUGUGAGAGGAAGUCAUAAGAACUACGAUGAUUGGGCAGAACAAGGAGCAACAGGCUGGAGCUAUAAAGAUGUUUUGCCUUAUUUUAUAAAGCUCGAAGACAACAGAAGUCCUCAAUAUCUCGACGAAGGUUACCAUGGCAAAGGAGGUCCAGUUACAGUUGAAGAACCAAAUUACGACUCCAAAUUAAAGCACGGACUUAUUGAUGCAGUUGAUGAAUUAGGGUAUGAGUUUGUGGAUCCUAAUGGUGCUAAACUAACAGGUUUCUAUGCACCGCAAGCAACUCUACGUGAUGGUCAAAGGUGUAGUACAGCCAAAGCAUAUUUGGUACCAGCGGAAAACCGAAGCAACUUACAUCUGCUUCCUUAUGCUUUUGUACAUAAAGUUAUAAUAGAAGGUAACAGAGCAGUUGGAGUAUUAUUUGAUGUCAAUGGUACAAUUUAUGAAGUCAAAGCCAAAAGAGAAGUCAUCUUAUCAGCCGGUACUGUCAAUACAGCUCAGUUGUUAAUGUUAUCAGGAAUCGGACCAAAGGUUGAACUUAAAAAACACAAUAUUACUGUUGUAAGUGACUUACCCGUGGGAAGGAACUUUCAGGACCAUUGUGCUACAAUCAGUAAUUUUGAAUUGAAUUCAGAAUCCCAAACUGUUGCAGAAAAGUUGACGAAUGAAACAAAUAUUAGAGAUUAUAUUGACUAUCGCACAGGUCCUCUUGCUAGUCUGGAAUUUACAUCAACUGCUUUCAAGCAAGUAUAUGGCCCAUAUAAAAAUAAACCAUUCUAUACAUGUGGUGUUCAACUCACUCAGCCUUGGAGCAGAGGGACUGUAACAUUGAGUUCAUCAGAUCCUCAUGAACCGCCAGUAAUUGAUCCUAAUUAUUAUGGCAAUAAAAAGGACUUGGCUGAUAUUGUUUCAGGAUUAAAAGUAUGUCAUCGCUUCGGAACAAGUAAAGCAAUGAAGAAAUUAGGCUCUAAACCCUUCAAUACCACCUAUCCUGGCUGCGAAAGAUACUCCAAAAAUCAAAACAGGCUCUUCAAAUGCAUGGCUGAAUCUUUCGUAUUAACUCUAAGUCAUCAAGUUGGCACAGCCAAAAUGGGAGAUCCCCGCGAUCCAUCAACUGUGGUAGAUCCAUAUUUAAGAGUAAAGAAUAUAGAAGGACUUCGUGUGGUUGAUGCUUCAAUCAUGCCCAUUGUACCGUCAGGAAACACGAAUAUUCCAGCCAUAAUGGUUGCAGAAAAAGCAGCUGAUCUCAUUAAGCGAACCAUCACCUGUCCAUAGGCAUCGUGGAAUCGGAGAUAUUGGUAAAAAGGAGUCACAUACUGACAAAGUAAAGAAUGAGUUCACCUCUCUGUAUUGGUCAUUAAUAAAUCAUAAAAUGAAUGUAAUAGAUAUUCAAAGA